AGGGAAUCCCCUCUGCUGUGGAGAGCAAGAUGCCAUCAGCUGAUAGAUCACAUCAGUAGAGGUGGGCAGCAGCAGGACUGGAUACAUACGUACACCGUCCGUGUGUUGGCUCCAUCUAUCUGCUGCCUGCCUGCCUGGGUCGUCUUGUGUUGUGUGUGUGCAGACCGGCUGAGAGCUGACUAGCAGCAAUCUGGCGCAGUGAGCGCAGAGAGAAUGUGAUGCAUGAUUUCUAUCUCAAUGUGGAUCUGUUGUCUGGAUGUUUGAAUCUCUGUGUGUGUGUGUGGGCGGCAGUCAGGUGGACGAUGGGCAAUCAGCUGCUGAAGAACUAUGACGUCCAAGAUGAGCAGAGGGAGGGCGGACGAUUCGUCAAGUGGAAAGUAAGGAGGCCUCUGUCAGCAUCGAAGACGCGACGCACACCUCUCUCUCCCUCUCUGUGUGUGUGUGCGUUCUCAGUUGGUGCAGGGCACCCACAAGGAGCGGCAGUCCCAAUCUAUCACAUGCUUCGUAUUCGAGAAGAAACUGGCAGACAAGUCAGACCCACCCAUCGACUCACCGACUCACACAGGGAAAGAGAGAGAGGAUGGGUAUCCAUCCAUGUGCACAUGUGUGUGCAGGUUGGACAAGUCGCUGCGCGAGUCCCUGUUUGAGGUUCUGCGCAACGAUGCCGUCAAGCUGCAGAGGCUGAGGCACCCAAAUGUGCUCUGCGUCAUCGGUACGUCAGCCAGGCAGGCAGUGGGUCCCAUUCCCUUUUGCGCGCUGGCGCAUUGGCCGUCCUCUCCCUCCCUCUGUGUGUGUGUGUGUGUGUGUGUAUGGUUUAUGUGUCGGUCGACAGAGGCGUUGAGUGAGGAUAGGGCGUCCGUUGCCUUCGCCACCAAGCCGGUCGAGUGCACGCUCAACACGCUGCUCAACCAGGAUGUUGGUACGGACGAACAGACAUACACACACGGGGGACAUUGGUGGACGUAUGUAUCGUUGAUGUCAGUAUUGUCGCCAUUGGAGCUGAAGAUGGGCCUGUUCGACCUGGCGGAGGCCAUCGCAUUCCUCCACAACGUACCCACCCACAUAAACAUAGACACACAUACACACACAUCUGAUGUCCGCAUCUCUCUCUCUCUCUCUUCUUGUGUGUGUGUGUGUGUGAACGUAAAGGACGCCAAGCUGUGUCAUUUGGCGCUGUCGCCCUUCACUGUGUUUGUCGACAAGAGCGGCAAGUGGUUCCUCGGCGGAAUGGUACGCCUGUACGUGGGUGUGUGGACUGGUGGAAGCACACACAGUCGCGUGUGUCGAUGUGCAGGCGUAUUCUCGGCCACUGACGGGCCAGAGCCUGAUGGACUGCGACUACACCUGGAUGAACAACACGUACGCAGCAGACACAUAUACACACACAGAGAGAGUAGGAGAGAGACAGUGUAUGUGUUCACAGGACGGACCCCUCCUCGUUCUCACUCGACCCACCUAUACAGUGAGAAAUAACACACAAUGGAUGCGUCACAUGACAUGCGUAUGAGUGUGUGGCUGUGUGGUUGUGUGAUGUGUCAGGUAUGCGGCCCCCGAGAUGACGGCCACACUGCCGGGCAAGUGCUCGCCCAAGAGCGACAUCUUCUCACUCGGUAGGUGCCUUCAGCACACACGCACACACAGAGACAGAGGGAGGCGCGCAUAUGGAUGGAUGUGUGUGUCGGUGGGUCACGUCACCAGCGUUGGUUGCGUAUGAGUGUUUCACGCGUCGGUCGCUCAUCCAGUGCGCACCCAACGACAGACAGGGACACAGCGCACAAGUAUGCCCUGGAGGGAGGAAGUUCUCUGCCUGCUUUUCGCUGCAUCUCUGUGUGUUUGGUUGGAUGUGUGCAGUGUCGUUCGUUGCUGCCGUUGCGGGCCAACACCGUGCCGAGCGACAUGCAGUCCAUCCUCUCAAGUACUCGAGUGCUCUGCAUACACACCAUCCACACACUGAAGUGUGUGCCACACACUGGUCGGUUGGUUGGGUGGGUGCAGGUAUGCUCCACCCGUCGCCCGAGAUGCGGACCGACAUCAACGCAUUCACACAGAGCGAAUUCUUCCAAGACGUAGGCACACACACACACACACACACAGAGAGAGAGAGAGAGAGGAAGAGGCACAUCAACAGAAAUGGGCUCUGUGUGUACGUGUGUGUGUGUGCGUAGAUAACGAUCCGUGCGCUGCGGUUUCUGUCGACACUGAGGGAGAAGGAGGACGCUCAGAAGGUACGUCGGUCGGCUACUCUGUGCCGUUCAUGUGCAGCCCAUGUGCGUCUGUGUGCGUCUGUGUAGGUGCAUUUCCUCCGAGGCCUGACGAAGCUCCUGGAGACUUCUGCCGAGAUGAACGACGAACGGCUGCUCACGUGAGUGAUCCACACACAGACAGUACAGUACAGACAGACAGACAGACAAUGAGCCCAUCCAUAUGUGAGAUGGUAUUGUGUUCCCACGUGCAGGCAUCGUGUGUUAUACCCUUUGCUGGACAACCUGGCCAGCCCCGAGCUGUACCAGUACAUCCUACCCAACAUCUUCUGUGUCCUCCACAAAGUAAGACAGACCCCCUCCCUCCCUCCGGCGCCUCUCUCUCUAUGAGCGCAUCUCUCUCUCUCUCUCUUUGUGUGUGUGUGUGUGUGUGUGCAGAUCAAGAUCGACCAGUCCAGCUUUGUCAACAGCGUGUGGCCCUCCCUGGCCCCGCUGCUGGUGUCCAAGGAGAUGAGCAUCGACGCCGUCAUCAUGCUGGUCGAGCAGCUCGAGUACCUCAUCGGCAUGGCCAGUGAGAGUAUCGUGCAGAACGACAUUCUCCCCUUUGUGCUCAAGUGCCUCGAGCUGCACGUAGGCCUGACAGAGGGAGGGAGGGAGGGGACAUAGAAGGGGGCGAAUGGAUGGAUGGAUGGAUGGAUGGACCUCCCUCUCUCUCUCUCUCUCUGUGUGUGUGUGUGUGUGUGUGUGUCAUCAGGAGCCGUCGAUCCACCUGCCGUGCAUCCAGAAGCUGCCCUUCCUCAGCAAGAAGUUCCCCUACACACAGAUGAAGGCAUCAGUGCUGCCCAGGAUCGUCCAGCUCGUCCUCACCACCAGUAAGUGGACAGCCACACACACACACACACACAGAGAGAGAGAGAGAGAGAGAGAAGGGGAGGGGGGGCGGCAAACGGCAGACACGGAGACAAUGGUGUGUGUGUGUGUGUGUAUGUAUUGGUUGGUGUGUAGGCACGUUGAAGGUGCGUGUGCAGGCGCUGAUGUGCAUCAACGAGCUCUUCACGCUCUUCGACCGCACCACCAUCAGCGACCAGAUUCUGCACGUCCUCGAAAAGGUCCCAUACACUCAAUGUCUCUGUUUGUGUGCGCGUGUGGAUGCAUUUGAUUGUGCAGCACAAUGUCCGUUGCUCUCUCUGUGUGUCGACUCGACAGGUGUCCAAGCUGGACCGUUCUCCGCCCGUCUGUAUGUGUGUGCUCGGCUGCGCCGACGCGCUCUCCAAGUACCUCGGCGCUAAGGUACACCACAUCCCCCGCCACACGCGCACACACACACACAGGCGCAUGUGUGUGGUUUGGGGGUUGGGGUUGUCAGAUGACGGCCGAGCGGCUGCUGCCAUUGGUGCUGCCGUAUCUUGCUGAGGAGACCUUGACAAGCGAGCAGUUCACCACGCAGCUCAACGUGGUCAAGAAGCUCAUCCAGAGGGUCGGUGCGCAGGGGUGCAGUGGAGGCACUGCACCGGAUGAGUGGAUGGAGGCCAAAUAUGUAUUAUGUAUGUGUGUGUGUGCAAAGGUUGAGGAGCACAGGCAAAAGGACUACAAGCGCGCCUCUGUAAGCAGCAGGCCAGCACCACACCCUCCUUCCCUCCCUCCCUCUACAUCUGUGUGUGGACGUGUUGAUGCGCUGGCUGCCAAUCAGGAGAACGAGAAGGCUGUGAGCCAGGCCCUGGGCGGCAGCGACAGCAAAGACGGUACACAUACACACGCACACACAUACAGAUGGGUGUGCACACAGAACAGACACAUCUCUCUCUCUCUCUGUGUGUGUGUGUGUGUGUGUGGAUUGAUAACUAUAGUGACGACAAGCUUUGAGUCGUUGCUGCUCAACGGGCCCACAACCACACCAUCAGCAGCAUCAAGGCCGCCACCCCCGCCAGCAGCAACAGCUGCGGCGGCAAGGUGAGCACACAGAGGGGGAAUGAGGGGAGGGGGGGGAUGGGUCGGUGUGCACCUGUGUGUGCGUGUGUGUCUGUGCAGGCGUGUGGGUGUUGACGACAACCCCUUCUCGCUCAAACCUGCACCACCCGCGCCACCCAUCACCGCAGGAGGUGUGUGCAGAACCACUGCACACAAUGGACGGAUGGAUGGAUGGAUGUGUUUGUACAGGUGGAGGCGGCAGGAGGGGUGGUGGUGGUGGUGAUGGUCUGUUGGACCUCUUCGACACCACACAGACAAUAGCGUCACGCACACAACAGCAGGGGUACCACACACAGACACACAGACACACAGACACACAGACACACAGAGAUGGAGGGAGGGAGGGCGGGAGGGAGGGCGCGUUCGUGCUGCGUGAGCUCAGGUCGCUGAUGGAUCUGGCCGACCUGCUGUCUGCCCCCUCCGGCCCCUCCAAACAGCCACACAUGCCGCCAAUGCCUCCACCACCCUCCAUGCACACAGGCAUGUGUCCUGCCUCUCUGUCGGUCUGCACACACAGUGAAUGUGUGUGUUUGUGUGUGUGCGUGUGCAGGCACGUUGCUGAACUUUGGCCCUUCCUCUUCGCCCACGGCCGCGCUGGCACCCAUGACGAGCCUCACCCAACAGCAGCGGAGCUCACCCACACAUACGAGCGACCCAUUCGCAGAACUGGUAGGUCUGCACCCAGCCCCCAAUACACACACACACACACAGCGGGAGAGAGACCACCGCGCACAGGUGUCUCUGUGUCUCUGUGUCUGUGUGGGUGUGUGUCGUGUGUGCAGGCGGCCAGCCGCUCCUCCCCCCUCCCGCCAAUGCCAGCCACGCUUCCCCCACACGGCAUCCACGGCAGCGCAUUCCUUCCCCCAUCGCCACCAACCACCAUGCAGCCGUCACAUCAGCAGAGCGGUGGUGGUGGAGGUGGGUUUUCGUUUGUGCAGCAGGACAAGCGGAAGGAGGACCCCUUCAAGGACAUAUUGAAGUUUUGACUGACAGACACGUGUGUGGUGUUUAGAUGGGUGUAGAGGGC